AUGCGUUUCACGGCCGUCCUCGCCACUUCAGCCUCUCUCAUCACCUUGGGAUAUGCCACCGACCCGUUGGCUUUCACCAGCUGGCCCGCUGAUAUCGCGGCCGGCAAGCCCGUAACCCUGACCUGGGCCGGAGGUGCUCCCGAUCAGCCCGUUACUCUUACUCUCCGUAAAGGAGCCGCUGGAAAUCUGGAAGACGUGGAGACAAUCACUGCCCAGGCCAAGGAUGGCAAGUUCACCUGGACCCCCGGUGCCAAUAUCAAGGAGGGCCAGAACUACGCUUUUAUGCUGUCUCAGGGCGCCGAAAACAACUACUCCAGCCUGCUGAAGGCCGCUGCUCCCGCUCCCGGUAUCGAGAAGUCCAUGGAAACCCAGGCGUCUACUGGCACCACCGCAGCUGCCACCGAGACCGGGGCUUCGACUACUGCUCCCCAUCCAACCGGCACCACUGGUGCCACCAGAAGCUCAGCUACCGGUGCCACUCUCACUAGCAUGACUACUGGCAGCAGUAGUCACAGCGUCAGCGCCAGUACCAGCGCCAGCGCCAGCACCAGCGACAGCAGUAGCAGCAGCAGCAGGCCUUUGAUUAGCUCUACGCCCUCCGGCACCCCCUCGUCCAGCAGCCCCGUUUCUACUGAAGUUGUCACCAACUCGGUGGCUGCUGAGCCUUCCAUAACUGGCCAGAGCCGCAAGGCAAAGCAGACUAGCAGCAUCGACGAGAAUACUGCUUCUGCUCCGCAAUUCUCUCUCGGCCUGGCUCUUGGUGCCAUUGCUGCUUUCGUGUUUGGGUUCUAG